UAGAAGAAACCCUAGAUCCGAAUCGAGAGCAGCCAGCGUUCAGCUUCAGGUGUUGUACCGCGAGGCCGUCCUCGAUCGCCGUCGAGCAUCCACGCCCCCCGCCACCGUCGCCAUUGCCGCCGACAAGCAGGGCCAGCUCCGCCCCAACCCGCACCGUCGUUGCCUUCGUGUUCUCACUCGCUCUAGCAUCUCUUUGAAAAAAAAUUGGCCGCACCUUAGCGGCGCAAGGCGGCGGCUGCGCGUGCCCCCAGUUUGAUGGACCCUGAGGUCUAGGUAUCAAUUUACUUCCUGGAAGAGUUCCAGGCAUGAGAGCAUACCUCUAAAAUAAUGUCCGUGCUUACCUGUGUGCUUGAUAACAUGGGCUCAUCCUGUAGCAGAUCUCAUUUGUUAAGUGAGGCCGAAACAGCUGAAAAUGCCAAAUCUGCAGACAUUGACCGGCGAAUUUUGCAAGAGACAAAAGCAGAACAACACAUCUACAAGCUCUUACUUCUUGGUGCGGGGGAAUCAGGGAAGUCUACAAUAUUUAAACAGAUUAAGCUCCUCUUUCAAACUGGCUUCGAUGAGGCAGAACUUAGGAGCUAUACGUCAGUUAUCCAUGCAAACGUCUAUCAGACAAUUAAAGUACUAUAUGAUGGAGCAAAGGAACUCUACCAAGUGGAAUCAGAUUCCUCAAAGUAUGUUAUAUGCCCAGAUAAUCAGGAAAUUGGGGAAAAGCUCUCAGAAAUUGAUGGCAGGUCGGGUUAUCCACUUUUGAGCGAAGAACUUGUACAUGAUGUAAAAAAGUUAUGGCAAGACCCAGCCAUUCAGGAAACUUAUUCACGUGGAAGUAUUCUUCAACUUCCUGAUUGUGCACAAUACUUUAUGGAAAAUUUGGAUCGGUUAGCUGAAGCAGAUUAUGUGCCAACAAAGGAGGAUGUGCUUUAUGCAAGAGUACGGACAAAUGGUGUUGUACAGAUUCAAUUUAGCCCAGUUGGAGAAAACAAAAGAGGCGGUGAGGUAUAUAGGCUGUAUGAUGUAGGAGGCCAGAGGAAUGAGAGGAGAAAGUGGAUUCAUCUUUUUGAAGGUGUUAAUGCGGUAAUCUUUUGUGCUGCCAUUAGUGAGUAUGAUCAGAUGCUAUUUGAAGAUGAAACAAAAAACAGAAUGAUGGAGACCAAGGAACUCUUUGACUGGGUUUUAAAGCAAAGAUGUUUUGAGAAAACAUCAUUCAUGCUGUUUCUUAACAAAUUUGAUAUAUUCGAGAGAAAAAUACAAAAGGUUCCUUUAAGUGUGUGCGAGUGGUUUAAAGACUACCAGCCUAUUGCACCUGGGAAACAGGAGGUUGAGCAUGCAUACGAAUUUGUCAAGAAGAAGUUUGAAGAGCUCUAUUUCCAGAGCAGCAAGCCUGACCGCGUAGAUCGCGUGUUCAAAAUCUACAGAACAACGGCCCUGGACCAGAAGCUUGUAAAGAAGACGUUCAAGUUGAUCGAUGAGAGCAUGAGACGCUCCAGGGAAGGAACUUGAUUUGAGAUCUCAGAAACUAGGUUGCUGUAAGUUGUAAGUCACACGGGAGAGGUAAUUAGGACGACGGUGAGAGGAAGAGUUCACAUUGGCACAGCUUGUAUCUGUUGUAAUUCUUUUGCACGUGAACCAUUUGGUUGAUCUUUUUGGUGCUUACUGUUGGCAGUUCA